UAUACGUAUGAGAUAGGCAGAAGUUGAAUAGGUCAAGAAAUUUUAAUUUUUUAAUUAAGAAAACAUUCAAGAUUAGAGAGCUAAGUACUCAAAUACUCAUCUAUUAAAUUUAGUGGUGAUCCAACUGCCCCAACCUUGAAUGAUAUUGGAAUAUCUGAUGGAUGUGGAAUUGGAACCAAAUUAUUCCUCUCAUCUUAGUCCAAGAAUCUAAUUUAUGUCUACGAAGCCAAUUCCAUUCAAGGAUACUUUUAGCCUCAUAAUGAGUCAUUCAGAGUUAUGAAAUGCACUAGGGAAAGCAGAGAAGUAAUAAUCCAUAAUUGAUUUUAUUUAAUAGGGAAAGCUUGUAACAUUUGGUAUUGAUAGCGAAAACAACUAAAAGAGCAGCUUUGUGAAAUUUUGGGAUCCCAAUACAACUGACUACCAAAAUAUGAGUAAAUUAAUUUCAAUAACAUCAUAGAACCUAUAAAAGUUAUCUUAGUCAACAAAGUUGGGUAACCCUUGCAAAAUUUUAAUUGCUUUUGCAUAGCUAAAGACUUAAGUGCUAUGGCCUUUGGUUUGCAAGAUGGUUAAAUAUUGAUCUUCAAGGCAAAAUCAUAAAACCUUAUGACAAUGGAUUUCAAAGAUUAAGUCAUUUAAACUGAUUAAGAACCAAUCAAAUCUGUGCAUCUAAGUAGACAGGAUCAAAAUUUUUUGAAUUUAUUUUGUACAACUGACUCUAACAUCAUCUGUUUUUAGAAUAUGCAAAAUAGAAAGAAAUUUUCAAUUCCAGCAGGCGCAUUAUUCGAUUUGACAGCAAAAGGCACUCUUAUUGGAUGUCCUAAGGAUGACACCUCUACAAUUGUUGAAUAUAGUGAUACUAAGAAAGAAGCUACUUGGAAUGUAGAUGGUGAUAAAAUCGAAAUCAGAUUUUUCAAAUAAAACUACUUGAUUAUGUUGAUAUCACCAAGACAGGAUAAAGAAUAAGUUGAUUAAUCUGUGUAAUUAACUAUCUUUGACCUUCUAAACAAUUAUAUUGCAUAUUAUAAGAAAUUCGAAAAGAUUCAAAGGUUUAUUCCAGUGGGUGAUUAUCUCUAUGUUAUUACUCAAAAUAAUAGAGGUGAGAAAAACUUAAUAAGGUUAACAGAAAAAGAAAAUACUCACAAAAUUGAGAUCUUUUUUAAAAAUAAUUAUUUUGAUGUUAUGUAUAGAUUUGCUAGCAAUUAAUCAUCUGAUAAAACUCUAUUAGCUGAAAUCAGUAGAUUGCAUGGUGAUCAUUUAUAUGAUUAACAUGAUUUCUAAGGUGCAAUCAAAUAAUACAUUAAUACAGCAGGUAUUUUAGAACCCUCGUAUGUAAUUGGGAAGUUUUUAGAUGUUUCACAUGUUGACUUUUUGAUUUAAUAUUUAGCCGCAUUGCAUCAUGAAAAGCAAGCAGAUAAAAAUCAUACUGCCUUGCUUUUGAAUUGUUAUGUAAAAUAGAAAUAGAUAACUAAACUUGAAGAAUUUCUGAAGGAAUCAAGUUUCGAUUCAGACCUAUUUGAUAUUGAUACUGCUAUCAAAGAGUGCAGAUAACUAGGACACAUAGAUUUGGCUUUGAGAUUAGCUAAAUCUCGUUAGAAAAAUGAAGCUUACCUCAGUAUUCUUAUUGAGACAAACAAAGAUUAGAAUAAUAAGGAAUAGAAUAGGUAAGAUUGCAAGAGUGCUUUGAUGUAUAUUAGAGAAGAGAUCUAAUUGGAUGAAAAGGUAAUAAUAAUUACAAAUAGAUUAGGCUUAAUAUUUGAAGGAGUUUGGACAAUAGUUAAUGAAGGCUGAACCAGAAUUAUGUCUUGAAAUUAUACAAAAUUUGGUUUUGCUUAUUAGUAUGGUGUAGAAUUUGAAGAAACGAGUAGAUUCAUAAAAAGGAAUUGAAUCAAUUAGUAUAUUGACACCUGAAGAGUUGAAGGUGUGGAGGUAUUUCAAUUUAUCAGAUGAGGAGAUCAAAAAGGUAUUUUCAAUCACAUUUGGUAAACCAGAUGAAUUCUUGCACUUAUUUGUGGUUAAUGAUGAAUAUUUGGAAAGUUAUUUGAAAUUCUUAAUUGAAAAUUGUAAAACUUUACCGAAUGAAAAAGCCAUAUUCCAUAGAUACUUUGAAUAUCAUUUAGAGAAAUAUCAAUUAUUUUAUAAAGAUGAGAGUAAGAUUGGGAUUAGAGAUACAUAAUUGUAGAGCAAAGAAUAAGGUAUUAUGAAAUUGUUGGAGAAUUAGGAAAAUGAAAAGAAGUAUGAUAAGAAUCAUUUAUUGGUGUUGUUCAAAAUGUACAAUUUUGUACCAGGUAUUAUAUUCUUAUUGAAAAAAUUACAAAUGAGGGAAGAGUUAUUGAAUUUCUAUAUCAGUUUGAAGUAGAACGAUUAAAUCAUCAAUUUGUGCAGUGAAUAUGGUAGGGAAGAAACUAAUCUUUGGAUCUAAGCAUUGAAAUACUUUGCAAAGCCAGAAAAUGGCGCAGAGAAUUACAUUGAAAAAGUGUUAGUGUUGGUGAGCAGUUUAGAAAAUCUUUCACCCUUACUUAUACUAAAUAUAUUGUCAAAAAAUAGAAAUGUUAAUUUUAAAUUGGUCAAGAACUAUUUCACUAAUAAAAUAUCAAAGGACAAGAAACAAAUUGAUGACUGUUAAAAGGUUGUUAAGGAAAAAAUGAAGAAAGCAACAGAACUCAGAGCUGAAUACAAGAAAUUAAAGACUCAAGCCAAAGUGUUCCAAUCCACUAAAUGUAAUUGCUGUGAUGCCAUUUUGAGUUUACCCUCAUAUCAUUUCCUUUGCGGUCAUUCCUAUCAUGAACAUUGCAUUCAUACGUACACAAAUAUUUAAUUGUAUUAUUAGUGAAAGAGCGUGUCUCCUAUGUCCUUAGGAUACUUAGAUGUUUUUCAAAAGAAAAUAAGAAUUCAUUGAAGCAUCAAAGGAAACCAAACCAUUCAAAGAAAAACUUUAUGCAGCAGCUGAUAAAUUUGAUGUUAUUUGUGAGUAUCUAGGACAGGGCAUAAUUUCAAAUUAGAAAGCUGAUUGAAUCAACAAUGGUG